ACUAGUCUAGAUGUCUCCUGUUUUCUUAUUUCUUGAGGAGAGUACGGAAGGAAGGUCUGUGUCUUGGCCGGCGUAGAGUGGGCUCUGCAGUCCAGGGGCUCCGGCGCCGCCCGCAGGGGUCUGAGCCCGCCAAGGAACGGGAGGGUACAGAAGUAACUUACGGAAUACGUUGGAAAGUGAUGAAGUGCUAUAGGAAAAAGAAGAAAUGUAAAACAAGGUUGUGCUGUCAGAUGAGAGCCCAGGACCACCAAGCCAAGUGCUUUGGACCCCUGAUACCUGGCUCCUGCCGGACAGAGUCCUACUACCUCCUCAGCAUCCUAUCUUUGCCAAAAAUGGAAGUCGAGGAAACCUGUCAGGAGCAGAAAUCACAUUGAUGGCCCAGGCCCAAGAUUUCCAUUUCCUAAACCACCUUUGAUCUCCCUUCUGGAGCAAGAGGCAGAGCCCUGUGUUCAAGACCCACAGGACAGGGAGUCCCUGAGCUGCUCCUACCCAGUGUCAACUGACAAGAUAUGGUCUCAGAAUGUGAAGGCAAAUUCAGAACAAGAAGUUAUUGAAAACGGAGAAUCCUCUUGGAUGAAAUUUAAAAGUCCCCUAGAAGUUGUUUCCCAAGAUCCUGAGGUUGGAGAAGUUUGUGUACAGGAUGUCAAAUUAGAGAAUCAAUGGGAAAUGCCCACAAGGGAGAAACUGAGAGAAGAGAAAAAAGGCUCCGAAAAAGUGACCAUCAAGAAUGGAAAAAAACAGAAGGUACUUAGAAAAAACUUCAGUCCAAACUCAAAAUGUAUUCCAUAUAAUAGAUUUCCUACAGAACAGAAACUCCACAAAUGUGCCAAAUGUGGCAAAAACUUCAAUUGGCAUUCAGACCUAAUUCUCCAUGAGCGAAUUCACUCUGGUGAGAAACCCUAUAUGUGUAAUGAGUGUGGAAAAGCAUUCAAAACCAGAAAUCAGCUUUACAUGCAUCAGAUAAUCCACACAGGGGAGAAACCUUUUAACUGUAUCCAGUGUGGAAAGGCCUUUAAUAGUAGGUCAGCUCUUUGCCGACAUAAAAAAAUCCAUAGUGGGGAGAAGCCUCAUGAGUGCAGUGACUGUGGGAAGGUUUUCAAAACCAGGAACUGUCUCAGUAUGCAUCAGAUCAUACACACUGGGAAGAAACCUUAUGAAUGUAACGACUGUGGUAAAGCCUUCCAGUUUAGACAUUCUCUUACCAUUCAUGGCAGAAUCCACACUGGGGAGAAACCAUUUGAAUGUGAGGAGUGUGGGAAGGCCUUCAGUGGGAGCUCAGACCUCACCAAACACACAAGAAUCCACACUGGUGAGCGACCUUAUGAGUGCAAUGAGUGCGGGAGGGCUUUCAGUCGGAGCUCAGACCUAAGCAAACACAAAAGAAUCCACAAUCAGGAGAAAAACUAUAAGUGCCUCCAGUGUGGAAGAGCAUUCAGUUUCAAAGGAGAGCUCACCAGACAUAGACGAACCCACACUGAAGAGAAGCCUUACAAGUGCAAGGAGUGUGGGAAAGCCUUUCGUCAUAACUGUAAACGCAGGGCUCAUGAACAAGAACACACUGGGAAGAAGCCCUAUCAAUGUGGGGAAUGUGGGAAAACUUUCCAGGAUCGGCACUGUCUUACCAUCCAUCAAAGAAUCCACACUGGAGAGAAACCUUUUAAAUGUUUGGAAUGUGGCAGAGCUUUCAGUGGGAAGUCAAACUUAACCAAUCAUCAAAGAAUCCACACUGGAGAGAAACCUUACAAAUGUGAAGUGUGUGGAAAGGCCUUUCAUCAUAGUUCAGUCCUGAGGCAACACAAAAGAAUACACACUGGUGAGAAGCCAUAUACGUGCAAUGAGUGUGGCACAUCUUUCCGUCAGUGCUCAGCUCUAAUUGGACAUAAGAGAGUUCAUACUGGGGAGAAACCUUAUGAAUGUGAGGAGUGUGGAAAAACUUUCAGAGUAAGCUCAAAUCUUACUGGACAUAGAAAAAGAAAACAUAGAAUAUGGAGAACUCACAGAUGUGGUAAGAGUAGGAAAUCCCUUUCUCCAGUAACCGCUUCCCACGCUUUAUCUGUAGGCCAUAUUUUGACCACCAGUACUUGAGAGUAACACUUCUGGUGUUUACCAGAACUUUCCCAUUUCUCCUUCUACCUCUUAGACUGAUCCUGCCAAGUGUCCUAGAUUGAUUCUUCCUAAUUCCUUGACCCGUAAUUGUGAGAUACCCAAGGCUUUGCCCUUGACUUUUCUAGCCAGUAUUUAUUUUUUCAUUGAGCACAUUCACUUCCAAGGCUGUCUGUCACUCAAUAAUAGUAUUAAAUUCUUAGUUGUACUUUGCACCAGAAAC